UGCUAACGGUGUCUAAGCGUUGAUGGUUUUGUUUCGCGAGCUACGGUUUCAAUAAAAACUUAUCAAAAAUAUCGAACUUUUCACAUAACAUUAUCUUAUCACGCGCUCUCGAAGAUUAAUCGAUGAUGCAUAAUACUAGCUGCGCCCCAAUUUCGACAGUGUUGUGAUGUGCUAGUUUGCGAAUAUUGUAUGAGUUGUUUUGGUUGUUAGUCACGCGUGAUUUUUUAGUGAAAGAAAAUGCCUGGGCAAGGAGAAACUACCGUUUCGGUGCCACUGACGCCGACGAGGUCUGAUUUGUACUGGCGGAGAAUAUUUAACAAAUACGACCGAGAUGCUGACGGCAAGAUAUCCUACGCGGAACUCAAAGAGAUCAUCGAAUCCCGCGAAUACGAACACGAUCUCCCCGACAAUGUGGUCGAGAAGAUCAUGAAACUCGCCGACAGAGACAACUCUGGGUAUCUCGACUUCAACGAGUUUGUCGAGAUGAUGCACAAUCCGGACUUUAAGGCGGUCUUUGGGCACUUUGUGGCAAGAUAUGUGCAUUCUAUUGUGCCGCAUCGGGGGCCGGUUGAUACAACGGGACGGUGGCCUGGGCUCCAGUAUCACUCCACCCGUGAUGGCGGGAUGGGGCCAGGAUUCCUGUACGUGCCGAAAUCUCGUCGUGACGGAACCUACGAGGAAGAAUACUCCUGCUGGCCGCCCGCCAUCUGCAUGAUCCUGAUCUCGGUGGUGGAAAUCGUCAUGUUCUGCUAUGACGCUGCCCAUGGAAGUACCACAGCUGUGGGGCCGUUGGCGAAGAUAUUUAUAUACAACCCACACAAGAGGCAUGAAGCGUGGCGGUUCAUUACGUAUAUGUUUGUCCAUGUCGGCGUCGUCCACCUUCUAGUCAACCUGCUAGUUCAGCUCUUCCUCGGCGUUCCGCUCGAAAUGGUCCACCGAUGGUGGAGGGUCACCCUAGUCUACUUAGCUGGAGUAGCAGCCGGGUCUUUAGCUACAAGUCUCACGGACCCAAGAGUACAUCUAGCCGGGGCGUCAGGAGGAGUGUAUGCGCUUAUAGCGGCGCAUAUAGCUACUAUUAUAAUGAACUGGGCAGAGAUGGAGUUCGCGAUCAUUCAACUGCUAGUCUUCCUACUAUUAGCAGCUGUCGACAUCGGCACAGCGGUGUACGACCGCUACUGGGGUGCGGGCAUCACUAAUAUUGGAUACGUGGCGCAUCUAGCGGGCGCGGUCGCUGGUCUCCUAGUCGGCAUUGGCGUUCUCCGUAACCUGGAGAAGCGUAAAUGGGAGAAGCGUCUCUGGUGGGCGGCCGUCAUCAUCUACUGCUCCCUCAUGAUUGCCGGCAUCUUGGCUAACGUCUUCUGGGUGGACCACUUCCCUGAGAGCAAGCUAUAGGACCUACAAAUGUAAAGUCAUAGCCAUAAUCUUGAUAUUGUUGUCCAAGAGAUUGAAAAAAAAACAAAGAUUGAUUGUCCAAAACUACCUAUAGCCUAAGACAAUUUGUACAUACCUACUUAGCUGUGUGUACUUACGUAGCUGAAUUUGGGACCCCCCAAUUAGCGUAAGAAUUAACUCACUGUUGGUUUUGUGACGAUAAUUAAACAUGAAAUUUCUAUAAAAAUAUUGCUUUUGUGUUAAUUACAUUCAGAAUGUAAAAAGUAUUUUUUUUAGACAGAUUUUAUGCUUAAUUGUCGUCACUAAACUGACAGUUCAUUUUUGUUAACAACUUACGCUAAUCGGGGUGUCCCAAAUUCUGAAAAUGCCCGAACAUUCAUAAUAUUCCUAUCCGAGAAAAUCAUCUUACCUUUGAACGAACAGUAUCAUGAACUUCGGAAUGCACGAAGUUGAUAAUUAUUGGGAUGUAGCCAUUGACAACUUAGGCGAUCAAAAGUCUGCCAUAAGUAUAAUUUGGUUGAUCUUGGCGAAAUGUCAAAAAUAUGGAAAUGAAUUUUGUCAAGGAAUAUCGAUGAAAAGAAAUAGUCUGGCUGUAUAGGUACGGCGAUUUGUCAAUAUUUGAUUCAUACGACUGAUUGUGUCUUACUAGUAUUUUAAGUAAGCGUAUGAUUUUUUUAUGUGAACUCUAAA